CUAAGCAAUAUAAAACAACAUUAGCUUCGAAUGGCAGCCAGAAUUCUCCUGUUAUUACUCAUUUCUUUAAUUUGUUCUGUUGCAUUUGCAUCGGAUCAUAGCCCUCUUCAGGAUUUCUGCGUCGCAGACCUCGACAGCCCAGUGCUGGUAAAUGGCUUUGUUUGCAAGGAUCCAAAGCUGGUUAAAGCAGAAGAUUUCCACAUCAGUGGCCUUCACUUGAGAAGAAACACAUCAAAUCCUUUCGGUUCUUUCGCCAACCGGAUCACUGUGAAUCGAGUUCCAGGGCUCAACACUCUCGGCAUAUCAGUGGCUCGUGCAGAUUUUGCUCCAUUGGGAAUCAACCCUCCCCAUUAUCAUCCCAGGGCCAGUGAAAUUUUAACCGUCCUGGAAGGCACCCUGAUUGCAGGAUUCGUAACUUCAAAUCCUGAAAAUCGCCUGAUUAUGAAAGUACUCAACAAGGGUGAUCUUUUUGUGUUCCCGGCUGGUCUUAUUCACUUCCAGAAAAAUAUUGGACCUGGUUAUGCGUAUUCCAUUUCAGCACUCAGCAGCCAAGAUCCUGGAGUUGUUACCAUUGCCAAUGCGGUGUUUGGUUCAAAACCUGAUAUUUCAAGUGAUAUUCUCGCCAAGGCUUUCCAAGUUGACGAGCAAGUGAUUAAUCAAAUCCAAGACAAGUUCUAGAGAAUUGAUUUAGUUACUCACAACCCAAUCUCACAACUUUUGACGUGACAGUUUGUUAUUGAUUAGUUUGUAAAAUGGUCUCGUUUGUUUGUAUGAGUUUCAUCUGCUUAUUUGCGAACUAAUCAAAGAUGAACUGUCACAUCGAAAGUUGUGAAAGAAGGUUGUAGACUUAACAUUGUCAUAUUAUAAAGUAAUAAA